AUGCUAAAGGAGGCAGGAAAAAACACCGCGCCGAGGCCACUUACCGAGCCGAGGGACCUAGAUUCCCGCCGCUCUGCUCGCCCGAACGGUCGGUCCGCCCUCCACGCACCCCGAGGCUGCACCCAGAACCCCCAAAAGUCGAGACGUGUAGGAAUAUGGUUAAGGAGCCAGGAGACCCUCCAAGUUGCUCCGGGCUCCCGGGAGCCUCAACGUCCAACACACAACUUGGCCAAGACUUGUGCCACAGUCACCGGAGAUGUUUCUGCGGAGACCCUCCUCCGGCGGGCAGAGACAGCGCUCGGCGGCGCCCCGCUCGUCUCCUCUCCACCCCCUCACCUCCAGCCCGCCUCCGGCCGGCCGCCCGCCCCCGGGCCGCUAGCCCCUCGGGCGGCUGUCAGCUCCCGGCCGCCGCCGGCUGACUGGGGCGGGAGGAGGGCGCGACGCGGCGGCCCGAGCCCGAGCGGUCGAGGGGGAUCCUCGCAGCAGCAGCAGCCGCGGCGGCCGCUCACCUGGAAAGUCACCGCUGAGAAGGAGGAGGAGGAGGAGGACGGAGAGAAGGAGGAGGAAGAGGAGGGAGAGGAGGAGGGGGAGGAAACCCCCCUGGUGCCCUUGUUCUCGCUGCCGCGGCGGCCGCUCCUCGCCAAGGCUGAGCGUGUCUGGUGGGGGGUGUCUGGUAGCAUUUCCUUAAGGACAGAGGGAGGGCGGGUGCGGAGGGAGGGAAGCGAUCCCGACCGCCUGCCCAGGCUCCUCUUUCCUUUUAUUUAUUUUUCUGACACUGUACGGAGAUGGGCCCGGGGCAGGGGCCACCGGGCUCGGGCGGGAGCCGCGAGGCCCGGGCCGCAGCCGUCUGCGUGCGGGAGCCGCAGCGGCCGCCUCCCCUCCCGGUCUGUGGACGCACCGGCUGCCUUCCCUGAGGUCACUCACCAGGGCGCCCUGGGCGCACCCAGUUCGGGGAACGCGGCCCGCCCCGCCGGGGUAUUCAAAUCGGCUGGGGCAGCGGCGCGGGGAGCAGCUGCCGGCUUCCUGGUGGGCCGAGCUGGGACCUGGGGCGAGCGGCCGCCCCCAGCCUGCCCGAGUCCCUUCCUUGGAAGGGACGCGACUGAAAUCGCACGCAGCUCGGGGAGAGCCGGACCAGGGGGCGGGGGAAUCCCAGGCGAGCAGGCGCCGGAGCGCUGGGCUUCCUCCCCGGCCCGGCGACACCCCGGGGGACACCGGGGCUCCCUCGAGCCGCUAGCCUGCCCGUGUGGACUCGUGUACACCCUCGAGGGGGAGGCUCCCGGGAGGCCGCGGCGGCCGGAGAGCCGCGAGAGGCCGUCGGGCUGGGCGGAUGCCCCGAGCGUCUCCUCCGGGUGGUCUUCGGACCCGGCGGAGACCGCGCGCCGCUCCUCCUGGGCGCCCGAGCGGCCGAGCGGAGCCGGGUGCCCGGGCGCCGCGGGCCCCAGCCGCCCUCCCCACCCCGCGGCCGCGCCGCCGCCCUGCCCCGGGCGGAGUAAACAAGAGACGCGCAAGAUUUGA